GUUAAAUUUGUAAUUCCUAAUAUCCAAAAAUUGGGCUUACAGCGACGGAAAUCUACAAUCGGAACAAGGAUAGCCAGCCCAAGAGGAAGGCUGACAGAAAACAAUGGCGGCUUCUUCCUUCACCUCGUCAGCGACCACGGCUCUCAAGCUUGCGGAUUCUCCAGUCUCGGUCUCUCCCUCCACGGCUCAUCCACUCAAAACCCUCAUUCUUACCCACCAAAACCCCCUCCUUCAUUCACUUUCUUCCAAGAGACGGAGCUCGCCUAAGGCAAUCUACUCGAACCGCUCCCGGACUUCUAAUCAGGAUAGCAGGAAGGGGAUUUGGUCGAUUCGAGAUGAUUUGUUAGUGCCAUCUUCUCCUUACUUCCCUGUGGAGUCUCAGGGCGGACAAGGUCCACCGCCAAUGGUGCAGGAGAGGUUUCAGAGUGUUAUUAGUCAGCUAUUCCAGCAUAGAAUUAUACGCUGUGGCGGUGCGGUCGAUGAUGACAUGGCCAAUAUAAUUGUAGCACAGCUUCUUUAUCUUGAUGCAGUUGAUCCUGCGAAGGACAUUGUCAUGUAUGUGAACUCUCCUGGAGGAUCAGUAACAGCUGGUAUGGCAAUUUUCGAUACAAUGAGGCAUAUUCGUCCGAAUGUUUCCACUGUAUGUGUUGGAUUAGCAGCCAGUAUGGGGGCUUUCAUACUAAGUUCAGGCACCAAGGGAAAACGUUUCAGCUUACCAAACUCCAGAAUCAUGAUUCAUCAGCCCCUUGGCGGUGCCCAAGGUGGACAAACUGAUAUAGAUAUACAGGCAAAUGAGAUGCUUCAUCACAAGGCUAACUUGAAUGGGUAUCUAGCUUACCAUACUGGUCAGAGUCUGGAAAAGAUAAACCAGGAUACAGAUCGAGACUUCUUCAUGAGUGCUAAAGAGGCAAAAGAAUAUGGCUUAAUUGAUGGAGUAAUAAUGAAUCCACUCAAAGCUUUUCAACCUCUUCCAGCUUGAGAUUAUGAAGAAGCUGUAGCUAUCACUGUUCUGAUCAAUUCUGCAGCUUUGAGUUGAAGAAUCAGUAAUUGAGGAUUAGAGUACUCUGAUCUGCUGGAAAAAUGAAUUUGUAAUGUUGGGUUAUCAUUCUUAUUAGUCUUAUUGUAACCAAUUAGAGUUAGAUUACAUAGUUGCUUGAAUAUUAUUGUCAAUUAAAUGGAUGUCAGAAAACUGAAAAUCCCAUGCACAUCAACAGAGCAAGUUAAUGUAAUUUGAAGGCUAGUUGCAUCAAGUGGAUUAUGAUUAGUCAAAAUUUUUGUUGUUGAUUA